GUUCUGCCGUAAAGCAACUGCGCGGACCAGCGUUGCGGCCGCCCUUGGGAGGUGAGCGGACAUGAGUGGGAAUGGCGGGAGCAAGGCCCUGGAGCUGCUGCGGUCGCUUCCUAGGGUCAGUCUGGCCAACCUAAGACCGAGCCCAGGCUCCAAAAAGAAGGAGAAAAGACGUGGCCGUGGAAGGUAUGGAGGUAGGAAGUGUGGUCGAGGUCACAAAGGAGAAAGACAAAGAGGAAAUCGCCCCCGAUUAGGCUUUGAGGGUGGCCAAACUCCAUUUUACUUGGUCAUACCAAAAUAUGGGUUUAAUGAGGGACAUAGCUGCAGACGUCAGUAUCAACCGCUCAGUCUACAGAGGCUGCAGUACCUGAUUGAUUUGGGUAGAGUUGACCCCACGCAACCGAUUGACUUAACACAGCUCAUUAAUGCCAGAGGUGUAACGGUGCAACCUCUCAAAAGGGACUAUGGUAUCCAGCUGGUGGAGGAGGGUGCUGAUAUUUUUGCAGCAAAAGUAAAUAUCGAAGUGCAGAGGGCAUCUGAAUUAGCAAUUGCAGCUGUAGAAAAAAAUGGAGGUGUUGUAACAACAUCAUUCUAUGAUCCAAGGAGUUUGGAAAUUUUAUGUAAACCAAUAGCAUUCUUCCUGCGUGGCCAGCCUAUUCCAAAGCGAAUGCUUCCACCCGAAGAUCUAGUUCGUUACUACACAGAUGCCAGGAAUCGUGGGUACCUGGCAGAUCCAUCUAAGGUUGCAGAAGCCAGGCUUGAACUUGCCAAGAAAUACGGCUAUAUCUUACCAGACAUAACUAAGGAUGAACUCUUCAAAAUGUUAAGCAUGCGCAAGGAUCCUAGGCAGAUAUUUUUUGGUCUUGCUCCAGGGUGGAUCGUGAGCAUGACAGACAAGAAAGUUCUAAAACCAACUGAUGAGAGGCUGUUAAAAUACUAUAGCUCAUGAUUUCAGGACUGGAGACAACUGCAGGUGUACAGGAAACAUCUGGGUAUGAAAUAAUGGAUACCAAGUGAUGUUUGGUUUUUUUAAGACUCCUGUUAAACUAGACAAAACAUAAAUUUUUGUUCUUCUGGGCUAACUCAACUUUAUUAUUGUCAUAAUGCAUUGUAUGAAAAGUCUUAACAUUUGGAAACAGCAUAGAGUCUGACAUAAAAUGCAUGUUGGAGCACUUUCUCGCAUUGAUUUGCAAGUUAUGUUAUUGGAUGGAAUGUUGUGAUGUUGCAUUUAUUUCAGAGGAUGAUUCCAAAGAGUAACUUGACAUAAUAAUUAGUUUAUACCCUCCCCCCCACCAUUUAAAAUCAGAAACGUGGCUGUACGGAACUCCUAUUAGUUUUACAAUCAUACUACAUACAGUUUUCUAGCACAUAAUUUAUAAUGUUAGCUUGAAUACCUCUUGAGGUACUCACCUUUUUUCAGAUGGGGAAAAUUAGAACCAAUUGGAAGUAACAAUGUACAGAAGAAUUCAUUAUCCUUUUCAAUACCAUAGCAAUGUUUUGCAUUUUGCCAUUGCCAUUGAUAGCAGUAGAGCUUGAGAGUGUCUUGAUUUUUGUCUUAUUCCUUCAGGUGGAAGUGAGAAGGGUAGGGUAUACAGUUUAAAAGAACUUUUUGUCUAAAUUUAGAAGGAAAAAAAAAAGAUAUCUAUCUUAAAUCAGUGACUUUUUUUUAUUCAGUCAGAAUUUAAAACUUGUCCAGACACAAAUGUCAUUAAUGGAAAUGCGUAGCAGAAUCUGGAGUCAAUGAAUACUAGAAAGUGGCCAUAGUUUGGGAAGGAUGAGGAUGUGAUGAACAAAGUACACAAUUAGGAUCAGUUUUCAGCUUUAUCACAGGUUGCAUAUGUGACAGUGCGCAAAUGAAUUAAGAUGAUGUGAGAAGUUAUGAGCAAAUUCUUUUUAUCCAUGUAUCAGGUUGGUGUCAUUAAAAUCUUGAAAAACAUUUUCUAACAAA